AUGUCCCUCACGCUGCGACGAGAUGCGCUCAACAGUCGCCAGCAUGACUUGAAACAGACUCGCCGGGCGCAUCGGUCGCAAGCCGUCGCGCUGCGAGCCGUCACCAGGCUGAUCGCGAAGAACAACAGCCUCAACGACCUCAUCAACGCGCAAUACGACGCCGAGAACUCACCUCCGGCUGACAGUGAAGAUGCGACAUGGCUGCAGUCGAUAGAUCUCGAGAGUGGUUACACCCUCAACGAGGCUUCCGUACCUUCGCCAUCCAUCGACACCUCCGAUACCGCCGCAACUCACACAAAACCCAAUAGAACCUCACCUCAUCCUGUUGGAGGACCUGGAAAUGCUCUGGAUGCGCAUGCGCUCGACCACCACCCCUCGGCGUCAUCUCCUGCCGACCUGACCACCCCCGCUGAUCUGUUACACCCCGAUGGUGUAUUGGGACAACCUCAAGUGCCCUCGGGAGAUGUAGAUCAAGAUGGGCACCCUGCGGCACGAGCAUCUGGAGAACCUGACGGCCCUUCCGUCGUACCAGACAAGAUCGCACCGCCCGAACCAGACGAAGAAGCCACCUUUGACGAUGCGACCAAAGAGCUACUUGACCUCGAGAGUCCUGAGCGACCUGCAAAGGUUGUGCGACUGCCAAGCGAGGACGAGCAAGAGGAUGUGGAGCGAGAAGCCGGCCGACAGAGAUCUGAUGGUACAGAUUCAAGCAAGGCAUCCCGCGCACAUCUCCAGGCACAAGAGGUAGCUUCAUCACCUUCAUCUACCGUCGGCGCAUACUCUGCAGCCACACCGAUGCCACCACAAGAGUCUCCAGAUACCUCACCGGAUUCAGAGCAUGGUGAGCAGCUCGAAGUGCUGCCCCCGAAAGACUUGCGGCCUUCUCCGGAAGAGCGACGGCAGAAGGAAGAGCAUGAUCGCUUGCUUGAAGCACAGAAAGAGAUUGCAAGGCAGCAGGCGCUGGGCGAUGUGUCAGAGACACCGGAUGAUCAGCUGAAGUGGGAGGAACGUGAGGCUGCUGCGCGCCAGGCGGAAGAACAGGCUGCAAGGCAGGAUGUUGGUGGUCCCGAGCCUGAUUCGAAUCGGAUGGCCGAGCAGAGUGAUGCUGAAAAGGUUGUGGACAGUGUGUUGAACGACAGGGCGUCAGACCGGCUUGAGACAGCUGGGUCUCGUCAAGAAGCGAACGAACAUACUCAGCCCGUGCAGGAGGGCAGAGGCGUCAAGCGACCGGCUGUUGAUGAAGAUGACGACGAUAACAUCACUGUAACGCCACGGGCGAGGGCGCCGUUGACGAUUGACACUUCACGACAGCCGCAGACAGCACCGACUGAGACUACAUCUCAAGACAUCGUGGCCGACAUCAGAAGAACUUCCUCCGGAGUCUUGCACCAUCGAACUGUCUCUGAGACUUUAGGUCAGACAACUUCGCAAUCUGGACCGCCUCAACGAGAUGUCGUGUUGUCGCCCGGGACAAUAUCACCGUCAGCGCUGCGCCAUCCCCAGGACUCAUCGACAGGAGCCCCGUCCAUCAAUGAUCAGCGCCGACUAUCCAAGCAGAUUGGUUUGACGCGAACACCCAGCAACUCCAUCUCAGCGCUUGAAGAUCUCAUGGCUCUUAAAGGUGCCUCUCAAGAUCCAGAGCGCGACUACCUCGAACCACUCUUCCGCAUACAGGCCCAUGAUACUCAAAGUGCUCGGACCACCUCUCUCAGCGAACUCAUUCGCUCCGCCUCCAAAACCAUCUCUACUGAGGACCAGGCCAUGUCACUCGAAGAACGCCUCGACUACAAGAUCUUACGGCGCAUUUACCAGCUCCAAAAUGCAAACAAGUGGUCUUUGCGGCAGAUGGAACAAGCAAAGGAGCCCGAGCAACCAGAGACGCAUCACGAUCACAUGAUGACGGAGAUGAAAUGGAUGCGGAAAGACUUCAAAGCGGAACGCAAGAUGAAGGUCAGUGUCUGUGCAUGGCUGGCAACACGGUGCGCCGAAUGGGUUGCUGCCUCUGCGGAGGAGAGAAAGGCCAUGCAAAUCAAAGCCCGGCCGCCGAAAGAGCAAUCGAAGAGGCCAGCCGACAGCGAGGAGCAAGUGCCAGACCUCGAACAUUCUGGCGAGUCGGCUGGGGAGGAGGAAGCUGGGCCUCCAACACCAACUGCUCAUUCUGCAUUCCCGAGGACCCUCAUCGUACCACCGGAGCUUUCCGGCAUCGUCACCAACCUCCAGAAGGCUGGGAAGCUUCAAAAAGCGCUUCAAGCGCUGCCGACAACAGGAUUCGAACACAACCCUCGACCAGUCGACAAACGAGCACUUGCGCCCGUCUCGAGGUUCGUCCAAGGCAAGGUUCUGCCGCAAUCGCAUGGUCCGAAUCGGAAGCGCAGUCGGUAUGAGUAUGAGGACGACGAUGCCGUUCUGAACAGCGACCAACCACUUGCGAAACGCCUCAAGGACGAGCAGGAGCUGCCACCGGAGGACCAAGAAAGCGCACUCUUCCAUCCCGAUAACAAGCACAUUCGGGACCGCCUUCAUGCCAACAAUGCCUUCAGGCCGCCUUCAGAGUUUCCGAUGCCGUCGAUACCCUUCUAUGAGUACCGUAGCGGUUCGCAGUGGAUCUGGGAAGAUGACCAGAGGCUAAAAAAGCUGGCCAAGGAGUAUUCGUUCAACUGGUCGUUGAUUGCUGAUGAGCUGCAGCUGCCUGGUGUUGUGAAGAGCUCUGCUGAGCGUCGAACUCCUUGGGAAUGUUUCGAGCGAUGGGUGGAGCUGGAGCAACUCCCCACUGAGAUGCGGAAGACCAUGUACUUCAAGACGUGGUAUGAGCGUCUCGAGAAGAGUCAGCAGGCCGCUGAAAGGCGUUACCAGGCCCAUGUCGCUGCGAUACAGGCACAGAACAACGGCCAAGCCAGCCAUGUGCCACCGCGGAAGCGCACUGUCCCUAGCAGGGUGGAGAAGCGCAGAAAUACGCGGUACUUAUGGCUGGUGGAUGCGAUGCGGAAGGGUGCACGGAAAAGAGAACAGGCGCAGUAUAAAUCUGCUGAAGCAACCCGUGCAGCCACCCAGCGAAAGAACCAGGCUGACAACAAUCAACCACGUGUCCCUACGCUGACUCCGCAGGAGUUCAGUAAGAAACGGCAGGAGCGCGAUCUGCAAGAAGCAGAGCUUCGAAGGCAGCAGCAGCUGAAGGCCGUCGAGCAAGGCCAUAGAAUGAUGCUCGCACGCCAGCAAGCGCAUCAACAAGCUCAACAGCAGCAGCGCGGUGGUCAGAGUGGUGCGCCGAACCAACAGCGACCCGGUAGCUCCUCCAUGCAGCAAGCACAGGCUCAAGCCAGUGGUCAGGGUCAGCCUCAACAGGCCGGCAUGAAUGGCCAAAUGCCGCAACAAGGUCGCCAGCAACUUCCCAUGGCUACCAGGAACGGCCAUCUCGCCGUACCUCAGGUGGGCGCGCAGGGCAUGCCGCAGGCUCAGAUGCGCCCUAACGGUGUCAUGCCGAGUGCGCACGACAUGCAGCGCUACGCCCAAGCGAACGCUCAAGUGCGCAACGGCCAGUAUGCCAAUCAGCAAUACCAAAUGCAGAACCCGAACAUGCAAAGUCCAGGCACCGGCGCAAUGACGUCGCAGCAGCAGAUGCAGUCGAAUCAGGCCGUGCUCGCACACCUCCAGCAGAUGAACGGCACCGCACCCCAUGCACAAGGACACCAGCAGCACCCAAGUCACCAGCAACAACAGCAGAUGUCCGCCUCUCCCUCCAUGCCGCCACCUCCAACACCACAUCAGCAGGGACAGCAAAGCCACCCUCAGAGUCUGUCUUCCGGCCACAUGCCUCAGAUCAACAUCGCGAAGCAGCAACUCCGCCAGAAACACCCGCAGGCCACUGAGGAGCAGAUCACCUCGCUUGCAACAGACAUGCUGAGAGGCCAGACGCAAAGUACAAACCAUGCGCGGCAGAGCGCCAUGAAUGCUGCUGCCGGCAUAACUGGCAAUGGCGUUGCUCCUCAAAGCCAUGGCUCCAACGCAAACAUGGCGGCCUACGCCCACAAUCAGGCUGCGUACCAGAACAACUACGCCGGCGUCAACGGCAUCUCCAACACAGCUGCGCAGCAAGGCGCCACACAAGGUCAAGGCCAAAACAAGGCAGACUACUCCCGCAUGAUGACGCAGGCGAUGCAUCGCCAACAGCAGAGCCCGACUGCCAGCCGCGCUUCGCUGCACAACACCGGUCCCGCUGUCGGAAGUCCGGGAGCGGGCAUGCACGCAAGCCCGGCUCUCGCGCACGCAAGUCCAAGCAUGACAGCCAUGGGCGCACCAGGGAGUCCUUUCGCUCCGAACGGCCAGAUGCCUUCAAUGAACAUGCAAGGUGGAGGGCAGGCAAGACCUCCCAGCCGGAGCGCCAGCGCCGGUGGCACACCUGGUGGUGGCCUGACACGUUUGGGCAGUUCAGGGAGCUUGACAGCGGGCAUGCCCGGUGUCGUGGGAAGUCCAGGGCCGCAGGUCAGUGGGCAUGCGAUGCAGGGCCAGCAGGUUCAAGGGAGUCCGCAGGGAGUAGGGGUGCAGGGGCUUUGA